UCAAGUGUUGAACUUAGUAGCUUUACUCUUCACGAUUUUUUUUUUUGUAAAAAAAAGAAGUAAAAUUUAUACUCGUACGAUUAUGCCACGUUCAGCAUCCGUAGAUAUCCGGAAGCGGUUGUAAUUGAAGUGUUCAGACAAUGUUUUAGAAGUUAAAAUUCAUAAUUGUGUAAUCUGUGUCGAAUAAACCGAUGAGGAGGAUGCUUUUGGCAGAAGUUCAGGUACAAUUGUAAAGCAGGUAUGACCACUGGAAAUGGAUGAGUCGUAUAAGUUGUAUGCGACCAUAGCAACAGCAACGCUGGAAACUCCGCCUGCGACGCCACCGGGUGAUAACAACAACGAUAGCAUUUAUAAUCGCAAUGGCGAAAAUCAAUACCAAAAACUCAACAAUAGCGAUAACGACGAUCACACCACAGCUUAUUCACAAUCGGAACCCGAUGAAGAUUCAAGUUUGGUUUUCUUUAGUGAAGGCGAUUUGCCAGCAGUUGCGUUUGAGCUACCGUACACAGCGCCACUGGCACCGUUGCUUACUCCCGAGUGGAAGAGAAAACAUAGUAACAGCGACGCACAAGAGCGUGCGAGUCUGUCGAAAACAAGUAUAAAAAGUAAACGUCGACUACCAAGCGUAGCUUCAAAAAAAAAAUUCAAAAGUUACGAUAGCCUUUGUGAAAUGUUUAUAAAAUCUGAGAGAUAUGCUAGUGCAUCCGGAGAUGCAGGCAGUGAGUUCGGGAUCAGUGCUCGCGAUGUUAUGAAAGCGAGCGUAAGGGAAUGUAUUGAACUUGAUGACACACUGUUGCGAGAGGACGGAAAACGUGCAUAUGAGCUUGCUAAUAAAAGAAAACUUCAACACAGCACAAGUCUGACACUCGACGCCGAGGCAUCUCGACAUAACCACAACAACUCAGCAAAAAAAAAUCGGCAUUAUAAAUGUAAUAACAGUCCAUAUACGAAUAGCUCAAAUUACACAACACCUUUAGCGCCAAUGACUGAUAAUAAUAUUUUAGAGAGUAAUUUUGUAAACGAAGAAGACUGUUGUCCACCAAUCAAAUAUAAUGAAACACUUUUCUUUGCGGAUGGUGUGCGUUCGAUUGAUUUUGUGCUUGCCUUCAAAGUGGACCCGGAUGCAGGUCAGGAAGCGCUUAACUCACAUAAACGGUACAAAUUCGAAGCCAAUCUGUUGGAGAAUGGAUUACAGAUGGAGGUGGACUAUAAGGAGCAGCAGCAAAUACAUUUUGUGAAGGUACAUGCGCCACUGGAUGUGCUGCGUUGCUAUGCUGAAAUAUUAAAGCUGCGUAUGCCAAUGAAGGAGGAACUUUGUAGAAGCACAGUUUACAACAAAUACAGUCGUUUGCAUCACGCAGCGCAGUUUCUUUCACGAAAGAUACCCGGCAUGUCUGCCGUGAAUCGCUCCACCAGAAGCGUCCUGUCUAGCCUCAAAGGCGUUGUACAAUUUUUUAUGCGACACAUAUAUGUGGAUGAGAGAUUCUUUCCACGACGCGCGUAUCGUUUUACCGCUAUUUAUAGCCGUGAUAAGGAAUAUUUAUUCGAUAUCCAUCAUCGCUGUUUCUUUACUAAUUCAGUGCGUUCACGUGUUGUACAAUUCAUAUUGGAUCGCCAGUAUUUCGAGGAGCGCAGUAAGGAUCCGCGCGCAUUCGGUAUUGAUCGUUUGGUGGAAGCGAAUGUUUAUUGCGCAGCCUAUGCGCUGCAUGAUGGCGAAAUUACAGAAAAGGGUACUAUGCGGGAAGCCCUCUACACACACUGGGCCUCCAUCAACAAAUGGUAUCGCUGUCAACCGUUGGACUAUGUCAAAGAGUAUUUUGGCGUAAAAAUUGGAUUAUACUUCGCAUGGUUGGGCUAUUACACCUAUAUGCUAUUGCUUGCCUCACUAAUUGGUGUCAUCUGCUUUGUGUACUCACUGAUAACAUUAAAAGAUUAUGUGCCAGUUCAGGACGUUUGUGACAACGAACAUAUUAAAAAUCUCACCAUGUGCCCGCUAUGUGAUGUGUGCAAUUUCUGGUACCUUAAGGAAACAUGCUUUUAUGCCAAAAUUACUUACCUCUUCGAUAAUCCCAGUACUGUGUUCUUUGCCGUCUUCAUGUCCUUUUGGGCUACACUCUUUUUGGAGUUAUGGAAACGUUAUUCUGCCGAAAUCACACAUCGUUGGGACUUAACUGGUUUCGAUAUGCACGAGGAGCAUCCGCGUCCAGAGUAUCUAGCUCGUUUGGAACACUUGAAAAAUACACGCACUCGCAUUGAUUAUGUGACGAAUAUCAAGGAGCCCACUGUGCCGUUUUGGCGCAUGAAAUUUCCAGCCACAGUUUUUAGUGUUUCAGCAGUGUUUCUGUUAAUAUUUUUGGCUUUUGUGGCGCUUGUUGCGGUAGUUGUUUAUCGUAUGUCUAUGUUGGCAACACUUAAAUUAGGUUCCAUUUCGAUGACCACUUCGAGCGCUAUUAUGUUGGCUACGGCGUCUGCAGCUUUCGUUAACUUGUGUCUGCUAUAUGUGCUAAACUAUAUGUACACACAACUCGCCGAGUACCUAACUGAGCGGGAAAUGUGGCGCACCCAAACACAAUUUGACGAUUCAUUGACCCUGAAGAUUUAUUUAUUGCAGUUUGUAAAUUAUUAUGCAUCCAUAUUUUACAUAGCGUUUUUUAAAGGGAAAUUUGUGGGACAUCCUGGCCAUUAUAACAGAAUAUUUGACUAUCGCCAGGAGGAGUGCUCCUCCGGUGGCUGUUUGACUGAGCUCUGUAUUCAGCUGGCAAUCAUUAUGAUUGGCAAACAAGCCUUUAACUCCAUACUAGAGGUGAUAAUGCCAAAGAUAUGGCGCAAAAUUAUGGCUAUUCAAGUGGGUCUGUCGCGUUUGUUCAGCACAAAAACUCAGGAUGUAAAUAAGGAAAAAGUUGAGCGUUACUUGCGUGAUUUAAAAUUGUUGGUUUGGGGUCCACGUAGCUUAUUUCCAGAGUACUUGGAAAUGGUGCUGCAGUAUGGGUUUGUUACAUUGUUCGUGGCUGCUUUCCCUUUGGCUCCAUUCUUCGCCUUAGUGAAUAAUAUUUUUGAAAUGCGUUUGGAUGCGAAAAAUUUGCUGGCCAACUAUAGGCGUCCAGUUUCACAGCGUGUGCGUGAUAUUGGCGUUUGGUAUCGCAUAUUAGACAGCAUAAGUAAGCUGAGCGUGAUUAGCAAUGGAUUCAUCAUUGCUUUUACUUCGGACUUCAUACCUCGCUUGGUUUAUCGUGCACAAGAAUACGGUAACCACACUCUUGCCGGUUAUUUGGAUUUUACUCUGUCCGAGUAUAAUAUCAGCGAAUCGGCAAAAUUACGUAGCCUAGCUGGGGACGGUACAAAUAUAACCACAUGCUUCUAUGCCGAUUAUCGUGAACCACCUACCUCACCCCGAAAAUAUGAGUUAACUAACAUGUUUUAUAUUAUACUCGCCUGUCGGCUGGCUUUCGUUGUUGUGUUUGAGAAUUUUGUUGCACUUGUUAUGAUUUUGGUGCGAUGGUGUAUACCAGAUAUGAGCGUUGAGCUUCGCGAUCAGAUACGUCGCGAAGUGUAUCUCACCAAUGAAAUUAUCAUUAACAAAGAAGCGGAGCGUGCGCGUUUGGGUUUGGAUAGACGAAGCUGCUCGGCAUGCGGCCAUGAUUAUAGUGCAGAAUUAAUGUAAGAAAUACGGAGUAAUGAUGAACUAAAUACUGGAAUCUCUGUGCUUUAAGAAACAGUCUCAAAUGUUACUUUAAGAAUAUAUGACUACUAUUAAUAUUUUAAUAGGAAUAUUUAAUGAAUGUAUAUACAUAGUUAAUGUAAGCGAGCAUGUGAGAGUGAUAGUUUAUUUUCUUGGUUCCCUUUAAUUAUUCAAAUAUUAUUUUGAUUAGUUAAUCAUUCAAAAGGACUUGAGGAAAAUAUUUGCUUCCUAUCAAUAUGUAAUAUCCUAUAUCAAACCAUAUAUGUAUUUAACAAGACUUUUGUGAAGGAAGGAGAAUAGUUUGCGGUAAUUUUACUUUUAUUUUUUUGUGCUUUAAUUAGUCGCAAUAUAGUUUGUAAGCUUAAAGGCAUGUGCUACAGCUUUAAUUUAUACUCUUAGGUUGGGUUUGCAAGCGUUUUAUUUAUUUAAUUCGGUUAAAAGUAUUUAUGAAAUCUCAUUAUGUUAAAUUGGACUUACUGUAGUUUAUUUCUUUAAUUAUAAGACUUGUUAACAUAUAUGAUUUUAUUUAAAAUAAUCUUUUGACUUUAUUAAAGUUUCAUAGGAAAAAAAAAAUUUUGAUUAACAGUGUUUGUGAAAAGUUGAAUCUGUUAGGGAUAUAUAAAUUUCUCUUGCGACAUUUAAGUAUUUCCUUCAUUUAAUUGUUUUUUUAUAUUUUUUUAUUUUGGAUUAAAAGCUUUUAAUACUUUUAAUAAUGAAAUAAUUUUUAUUCAUUCGCUAAGAAUUCAAAUUGUUUCUUAAUUAAUUUAUAUUUGUAAUCAAUUUCUGCUUCCUGUAGCAUUUAUAGAAGAAGCAAGAGUUUUUUAACCAAAAGCUGGCGGAAAUGUUUUAUCCAAGGUACAUUGACCAACAAGAACAAUGCAUUUUAUGUUUGCUAUUCUAUUAACAAAGAUUGACAGUUUAGACAAAUUUAAACAAAAUUUGACAGUUUUGAGACUAAAUGAAUGGAAAAUAAAUGUAACUCGCUAUUGGAUUAA